GACGUCAUCGGCUUCGGCCCCGGGGGCGGGCGCUCUCCCGGAGGCCUAGGUCUGUGCGGAGAUCUGCCUUGGAGCACUCUGCCUCUCCUCCAGAGGCAGAAAUGGCCCCUGUGCUCCUGACAGCCAGGACCCCCCAGGAAUCAGUGACAUUUAGGGACGUGGCUGUUGACUUCACCUGGGAGGAAUGGGGGCAGCUGGACCCUUCCCAGAAGGAGCUCUACAGGGAGGACUUGCCAUUUCCAAGCCAGAUGUGAUCCAUCAGUUGGAGCGAGGGGAAGCACCUUGGACGUCUCAGAGAGAAGUCCCAGGAGGCCACUGUACAGAUUGGGAGGCUAGGCCUGAAGUUGAGGUGCCAACUCCAAAUCAGGGAAUUUCUAUGGAAACAUUAUACCAUAAAAGAUCAGUAAGGAAUGAUUUCUGUGUCUCCUGCUUGAGAAAAGUCUGGGAAUGUGAGGCUAGGUUAGAGAUGCAGAAGAAUAAUAAAGAGGUACAUUCUGAUAAUGUCAGAAUUACCAAAAGAAAGACUCAGAAUAAAUUGAGAGGCCUUGAAUGUAGUAAGUAUGGAAGAAAUCUCCAUAUGGGGCCAGUCUUUUUUUCACAACAGAAAGUGUCUGUGGGAGAGAAUCUUUGUGCAUAUGAUGCCCAGAAAAAGAACUUUAUUCUAUGUCCAGACGUAAAUAAAUGUAACAGAAUCUGUUCAGAGAAAAUGUUUCCAAAGUGCAAUGAAAGUGAGAAAUCUUUGAGCUCCAAAUUAGAAUACAUCAAAUACAAGAGACUAUGCCCUAGAGAGAAUUUAUGUGAAUACAAAGAAAGCAGGAAAGACUUCAUCUACAAACCCAGCUCAUCUAUUAAUUCCCAUCAAAUAAUAGAUACUGGAAAGAAACCCUAUAAAUGCAAUGAGCAUGAGAAUGCUUCUUCCCAGAUUCCACAACUUAUUGAAUAUAAAGGAACUCACAGUGAAGAGAGAUUUCAUGAACACAGUGAAUGUGGAAAGCCUAAGGACAAUCCAGCUGUUACACCCAAAGAACAGAUUCAUAGUGAGGAGAAAACUUACGAAUGUAAUGAAUGUGGAAAGAUCUUCUAUCAGAAUGCACAUCUUAUUUGCCACCAGACAGUUCAUCCUAGAGAGAAACCUUAUAAAUGCCAUGACUGUGGAAAGAUCUUCUGCCAGAUCACAGGACUAAAUUACCACCAGAGAUUUUGUACUGGAGGGAAACCUUAUGAGUGUAAUGAAUUUGAGAAGGCCAUCCACCUGAGUUCACAGUUUUCACAACCUCAGAGAAUGCAUUCUGGAGAGAAACCUUAUGAAUGUAACAUAUGUGGGAAGACCUUUCUUGUACUUGGGAAGCUUACCCGGCAUCAGAAAAUUCAUACUGGAGAGAAACCUUUUAAAUGUAAUGAAUGUGGGAAGGCUUUCCGCCUGAGGGCUGAAGUCACUCGUCAUCAGACUAUUCAUACUGGCGAGAAACCUUAUGAAUGUAAUGUAUGUGGGAAGGCCUUUCGCCAGAGUGUGCACCUUAUUGGGCAUCAGAUGAUUCAUACUGGUGAGAAACCUUAUGAAUGCAAUGUAUGUGGGAAGGCCUUUCGCCAGAGUGUGCACCUGAUUGGCCAUCAGAUGAUCCAUACUGGGGAGAAACCUUAUGAAUGUCGUGAAUGUGGGAAGGGGUUCCGCCUGAGCGUACACCUUAUUGGACAUCAGAUGAUUCACACUGGAGAGAAACCUUAUGAAUGUAAUGUUUGUGGGAAGGCUUUUCGCCAGAGUGUGCACCUUAUUGGACAUCAGAUGAUUCAUACUGGAGAGAAACCUUAUGAAUGUAACGAAUGUGGGAAGGCCUUCCGUCUGAGGGCAGAAGUCACUCGACAUCAGACAGUUCACACUGGAGAGAAGCCUUAUGAAUGUAAUGAAUGUGGGAAGGCCUUCCGUCUGAGGGCAGAACUUACUCGACAUCAGACAGUUCAUACUGGAGAAAAACCUUAUGAAUGUAACGAAUGUGGAAAAGCCUUCCUUCUGAGUUCCCAGUUUACUCAGCAUCAGAGGAUUCAUACUGGUGAGAAACCUUAUGAAUGUAAUGAUUGUGGAAAGGCCUUCCGUCUGAGCGCCCAGCUUGCCCGGCAUCAGAGAAUUCAUACAGGAGAAAAACCUUAUAAAUGUAAUGAGUGCGGGAAGGCCUUCCAUGUGAGUGGAAAGCUUACCCAACAUCAGAGAAUUCAUACAGGAGAGAAACCUUAUGAAUGUUAUGAAUGUGGAAAGGUCUUCCGCCUCAGUGCACAUCUUAUUCGCCAUCAGACAAUUCAUACUGGAGAGAAGCCUUAUGAAUGUAAAGACUGUGGGAAGGCCUUUUACCAUAGUACAGAGCUUACUCUACAUCAGAGGAUUCAUACUGGAGAAAAACCAUAUAAGUGUGAUGAAUGUGGGAAGGCCUUUCGCCAGAGUGUACACCUUGCUGGACACCAGAUGAUCCAUACAGGUGAGAAACCUUAUGAGUGUAAUGAAUGUGGGAAGGCCUUCCGCCUAAGGGCAGAAGUUACCAGACACCAGACAGUUCACACUGGAGAGAAACCUUAUGAAUGCAGUGAAUGUGGAAAGGCUUUCCGUCUGAGGGCCGGACUCACUCGACACCAGAUGAUUCAUACUGGAAAAAAGCCUCAUAAAUGUAAUGAAUGUGGGAAAUCUUUUCGCCUGAGCUCCCAGUUUACUCAACAUCAGAGGAUUCACAGUGGAGGUAAACCUUAUUAAUGUACUGAAUGUGAGCAGUCCUUUGGUAGAGACCAGACCUUCUGGCAACACCAGAAAAAUGCAUAAGAAAGUAAUUUUAUACAGUAUUAGAAAAUUCAUAUUGGAAUUAUUAAUAUAAUCAAUGUAUAGAGCCCCUCAGAGAAUCCAAGCUGUUAAUCUUUCAUGAUGGAUAGAAAUGUAGUUGUGAGAAGUUAUUUUGCUCUAGCCUAGAACUAAACAACAGAUAAUUCAUAUUGGAGAAUAUGAUUAAAAUGAAUACAGGAAGGUACUCAACUACAGGCUGUCCCUUGUUUCUUGUCACAGUGCUGGAGAGAAAUCUCAGAAAUAUAAUGAUAUUAGGAAGGAUUUUGGUGAGAAAAGUCUUAAAUUUUGUUAGAGAAUCCAUAGUAAAGAGAAACUACAGUAAGGUGCUACAUCCCUCAGUAAAACGUAUGUUUAAAUUCCAAUAACUCUAAUGCUCUGACUGCCCUCCUCACACCUAUUGAGAAGGCAAGAAAAAAAAAAUGAUACUCCAUUUUACAUAAGAAGUUGUGCUAAAUGUAUUUACACUUUAUCCUUGUUAUAAGAGAUAGAGGGAGAGGAUGUGUGUGUGUGUGUGUUGGGGGGGGAACCAGAACAAAAAAAAGAUCUCUUCUCAUUUUGGUUAUAUUGCAUGUGCCAAGUGCAAAAACUCUUAAAUUUCAUAGAAUUAACAUGAUCUGUUUUACUUCCC